AUGUGUAAGCUGGCCUCCUGCUGUCUGCUUUUUAUAGCACUCUUAAAGCCUGUCUCAGCUCUCCCCAUCCUUGGCUCGGGGGAAGCGUCCUUUCAGCUCUCAGCUCGCCAUGGAGGCACCAGGGAGCCUCUGGGGGCGCUGGAGCACACGCCCGUUCUGCAGACGCUGCCGGAGAUGCUGGGUGCCGACAGCAGUGCCAGGCUGGGGGAAGCAGAUCCUCAGACCGACAUUUUCAACCCAAGAGGAAAUCUGAAGAAGGUGAGUGACUGCUUGUGAGCUUUCUCCGGACAAGGUCCAAACAUUCUGCUGAGUCAUCUUUUGGCCAGAACCAGGAAACAAUAUAAGAAACGUGGGACUCCCUCCGAGUGCUUCUGGAAAUACUGUGUCUGA